UGUGUGUGUGCACCGCUGCACUGAGUUGUGCAACACCGAAUGACGUCGUACAACAAACGUGGAUUUCUAACCCCUGUGAUUAGAAAAAUGGAUAUACAAACAGAAGAAUCCAAUUAUUUAGAAAGUAAAGAAUCUAGUUUUAAGUCGGAUGAAUCCGGUACAAAAACUGAUGAAUCUAAUUUCAAAUUGGAUGAAACCAAAACAAGAACUGCUGAAUCAUGUAUAAUAAUGGAUAAAUCUAUGUUAAAAAAUGAAGAAUCGAUUGCAGACAAUUAUGAAUCGAGUGUUAAAUCUGAAAAAGUGAUAGAAAAAACUGAAGUCUCAAGCGCAUGCGCAAGCGAUUCCCUUGCUAUGGCUUCUGUCAGUGAAUUAACCCUUCAAACAGAAGCCACCAAUGAUCCAACCCACCCAGUAGCAGACAUCACACAUGCAGCCACCAAUGAACCAACACACCGAGUAGCAAAUGACAUCACAAAUGCAGCCACCAAUGAACCAACCCAACCAGUAGACGACAUCACACAUGCAGCCACCAAUGAACCAACCCAACCAGUAGCACACGACAUCACACCUGCAGACACCAAUGAACCAACCCACCCAGUAGCAAAUGACAUCACACAUGCAGCCACCAAUGAACCGACCAAUCAAAUAGCAGAAGACAUCAAGCCUGCAGCCACCAAUGAACCAACCCAACCAGUAGCAAAUGACAUCACACAUGCAGCCACCAAUGAACCAACCAAUCAAAUAGCAGAAGACAUCAAGCCUGCAGCCACCAAUGAACCAACCCAACCAGUAGCAAAUGACAUCACACAUGCAGCCACCAAUAAACCAACACACCCCGUAGCAAAUAACAUCACACUAUCAACCACCAAUGAACCAACACACCCACUAGCAAAUGACAUCACACUAUCAGCCACCAAUGAACCAACACACCCCGUAGCAAACGACGUCACACUAUCAGCCACCAAUGAACCAACACACCCCGUAGCAAACGACGUCACACUAUCAGCCACCAAUGAACCAACACACCCAGUAGCAGACGACACUCAUCCUUCAUCCACAAUGGACAGGUCUAACGACCAUUCCGUGAAAUCACGUGACUUUGAGUUCUGGUACGCUCCCGCGAGAUCCAGCGAUAUCCAACAUGGCGGCCAGCACCAACAUAGAGGCCAGCACCCGAGUGAGGUUAGAGACCAAAACGCUACUUUGGAAGGGAAUCCAACAUCAAAUAAUGAUGGUGGUAACGAUGACACUCUUAGUGGUGCAAGUUGUGAUGGAAGCAGAGGUUUAGAAAAUGACGACCAUCAGACGAUGAAUACAACUACCACUGAUGGUUCUAUUGAAGUAAAUCUGAUUUUACAAGAAGGUUGCAACAAUAAUACUUUGUGUGGUAACGUGGGUGAAAAUGGUAACACAAACACUAAUGCUACUGGUGAGACACCUGAUAGUGAUACUGGCGAAACAACCAGUAGUGAUUCUGGUAGUGCAAAUGUUCAAGUUCCGAAUAUUUCAGUAAUAGGCAGCGAGGUAGGAAAUGUCUGCAAUCUGAACUUUUCUACGGACGUCACUGAAGCUAAUUCUAAUUCUUGUAACGACAAACCCAAUGAAGGUUUAGCUCCCAUAGUCACCAAACCAACGCACACCAGCACUGAACAAACCCACGACACAAGCCAAUCAGCUGAUUAUGUGAACAUCCAACAAUUAAAAGGGAAGUUAACCAACACAGCUAUAGUAUGUAACGCUUCGAAUAACAUUGAUGACUUAACAAAUCUUGGAGCUAACAGCCGUGUUUAUGAUAAAACAAAUGACAAAUUACUACACUUUGAAACAAAUGUUAACGUUUCUGAUGAUACAAUUACUGAUUUCCCACGAGAUGCUAACACCAGCUGUGAUUCUGGUAUUUUCACUGGUAACUUCUCUGAUGUUACCAAUGCAAGUGGAGAGUGUGAAGAUAUCACAUAUGGCCUAUCCAGUGACGACACGAACGCUGAAGACUACAUUGGUGCUUAUUCUCAGACUUCCAGUCAAGCCUCUUACCCUGGUUCACAAGGCACCACUGCAGAAUCUAACACAGAGUUCAAAGGUCAGCAACUUGAGGAAGUGAUGUUUGAAAUUCAGCAACAAAGAGAAAUAAACAGGAAACGAAAUGAAGAACUUAAGCGGUCACUGGAAGGGAAAAUUGCCUCGAUACCACCAGAGCCUUUAAUCUUUUUGGACACAGAUAGAAACAUUCACUACGACGGGCAUGGUAAAGUCAUUGAUGUAAAAGUAAUUGAAAACAAAACUAGCGAAACAGACACAUCGGUAGACAGUGGGAGGCGCACUAAGGAAAAGCGCAAUGCAAGAAGGAAAGGGGAGGCCCACACAGAGAACAACAUCCGUCAGUGUUUAUAUGAGCCAGUGUGUCAGCCAAUAGUCAUGAGACAGACGUAUGUAACCGCUGCUCCACCAUCCACACAGCGGACAGUAGUUUCAGCUCAACAAUCCAUUCAGCGAACAGCAGUGUCAGCUCCACUUUCCACUCAGCGAACAGCAGUGUCAGCUCCACUUUCCACUCAGCGAACAGCAGUGUCAGCUCCACUUUCCACUCAGCGAACAGCCGUGUCAGCUCCACUUUCCAUUCAGCAAACAGCAGUUUCAGCUCAACAAUUCAUACAACCAGCAAUAAAGUCAACCCCUAGAGAUGGACUGGAAAAUGUUGAGUCAGUUUCCCCACAUAGACAAGCAAGCACACAGGCUGUUUUACAUGAAAGAAACGCGCAGAUAGAAAUAGUUUCACAUGAUGGAAAUCCUCGCGCAGGAAUAAAACAAAAAGAAGUAGUUCCUCAAAAUAAAAAUCAAGAAGUAUCAAAAGAGUUAAAAGGCAGGAAAAGAAAAUAUGAAGACAUGAGAUUAAGAAAUCUAACGAAUGUAAAGACAUCAGAGAUCAGACAGCUGCCUAUACACCGGAAAGAGCGAGAUGAAUCAAAUUUGCCUGUUCAGCGAACGACAAGAGAGAUCUCGCAUCAACCUGUUCAACAAAACACAAGAGAGAUAUCACAACCACUGCAGGCCACAGCACCACCCUGGCCGGGUGAGGCUCAUGACGUCAUCCAACCCGCCCCAAACCCAGUUCCAGCGCGAUCAAGCAGCAUGACCAGACUGUAUCCGGUCCUCCCUACACUUGUAGAAGGACAAGAAUGGUCUCAGAGAAACACCACACCAUCAUACGCUACACCACAACAAGAAAUGUCAAACGUGGCUUUAUCAACAAACCCACUCUCGAUUAUUCACCAAACCACCAACCCUCAACAUUUAAACCCUCAUAUUUUAAUAACAAAUGAAGAAAACACGGCUACGCACCGCUACAAUAACUUCACUACUGAAGCCGAUCCAAGUGCUGGCUGCGUAACACCACUGACAGACAACACCGGCGACAACUACCAAGUGUGGUACACCAGCCAGGAACAAGGACCAAUGACAGGACAACCUGAAGAUGGUACUCCACAUGUCUUCAACGGAAAGCCACCAUUUUCCCAAGGAAAUAUUUCGAAGGAAAGAAGUUUAAAGGGUCAAGUCCCUAACUACCUACCAUUCAGCAUCAUUGUUACAUUAGUGUGUUGUUUCCCAGUUGGAGCAAUAGCCCUUUGCUUUGCAAUGCAGGCCAAGAAGGAAGAGAAACUGGGCCUUUUGGCGACAGCAAGACGUACCGCAUCACAGGCUAGAGUACUCUGUGUGCUAGCCGUUCUGUUUGGGCUUAUGAUGUACGCUGUCUUGCUUUAUUUCGUGAUUACCAACGUCACGAAGACGAUGAGAUCGUUGUAAAGAAUGUUUGGUAUGAUUGUACCAGCUUUUUAUGAUUGUACCAGUUUGUUAAGUGUUGUACCAACUUGUUAUGAUUUCAACCAGUUUGUUAUAAUUUUAACAAAUGUAUUAUGAUUUGAACUAGGUUGUUAUGAUUUGAACAACUUUGUUAUGAUUUGAACCAGCUUGUUAUGAUUUGAACCAGUUUGUUAUGAUUUGAACAAAUUUCUGGCAGGACUUUAUAUGAAGAAAACAACAAAAGACUUUUUUUGUAUAUUGUAACAAAAAUUUAAAAAAAAAAACUUUAUUUUUACACAAAAGUAAACUCGCAUAUUCUAUAUAUUUUAUUCGCAUUA